AUGUAAAACUCAAAAAAGAAAUUAAAAUUUUAAAUUCAUAGACAACAAAAGCCUAUUAAUUUUUAAAAUCUUUUAUACCAAGAACCAAAUAAUAAACAACUUUAUUAACUUUUCGAAAAUAAAAAUAAUCAUGAAAUGAUCUCGAAAGAAAUAAUUAAUUAGAACAAAUCUAAGAUAGCUAACAAUAAAUCAUUAUAAUUAUUAAAUUUGAUAUUAUAGCAUUAAUCAAAAAGAGAACUUAUAAGAACAAAUCAUAAUUAGCCAGCUGUUUCUAAAAGCUUAAUUAUAAGAAAGUCAUUACCGACAGUAAAACCUAUUAAUUAACCAAUUAUCUCAUGUAGAGAAAAAAAAUCAUGUUCAGUUUAAUAAUAACGAAAAUAGUCAAGUUCAUAUAAUUAAAAUCUUAUAUCAAUGCGAGAGACAAUAAUUGGACCAUGGGAAGAAUGAAGUAAAUGAUAUAUAUUUUUAAGUAAUAAAUCUAUAUUUAC